AUGAACGGCCCACCGGUCACCCCAGCGCGCAGUGCUCGCCCGUCCAUAGGCCUGUACAGGUCGCCCGCAUCGACACCCUCUAUCGCGUCGUCUAUCCCCUUUGACUGGGAAGCCGCGCGCUCACACAAGCCUGCCCCCUAUGGCACGCCACUGCGCAAGAAGACCUCCGGUGUAGGUGGCGGCGCACCACGCAAAGCAAUUGUUCGCAAAAAAUCAUUGUAUACGAGGAUAAGGGACAUUCCCAGCCGCAUCGCGUUUGAGUUUACGCAGUUCCCCAACAAUGUCCCACUCCCCUCGCACCAAACCUCCGCCCGCAUCCUCGGCGGUCUGCUGCACUUCCUCCACCUAUGCGUCCGCGUCAGCCAGGGCCGCGCCGUUCCCGACUCUGAGCUUGGUUGGGAAGACAUGUAUGCCGAGGACACCGGCGCAAGCUGGUUCAGCUGGACCGUGCCCCUCACGCUCCUCCUCCUCGGCGCGGCCAUCCUCAACGCCAUGUACCUCUUCACGCGCGUCAGGAUCUACCGCCUGCACCGGCGGCAAGACCCCGUGAGCUCGCCGAAUGCAAAGUACGUGUCCGAGGAGCUCGACUUUGAGCCACUCGAGGCGCCCUCGAUCAAGGAGCAGCUUUGGGGCGCGUUCACGAAGAGCUUCCGCUGGCUGCUCGGGAUGAAGCCGAAGGCAGCGGCGAAGACGAGGACGGCGACGAGGAUACUGCAGAUGGAAGUCUGGACCCCGGGGGAUGUGGAGACAUCGUUGUUCUGCGUGUACUCGCCGGUGCAUGCGCUGUUGUGGAUGCAGACGGGCUCUUCGAACUGGAUCAUGAUGUUCGCCAUCAUGGCCUUGGUCGGCUUCCAGCUUCACGCCCUCUGCCACUCAUUCAAGGCCCUCGUCAAGGACAAAGAAAUUAUCGCCGCCGAGGUCAUGCAUGAGUACAACGAAGGGUUCGUCUACCCUCGCGUCAACCCCAUACGCAAAGACGCCGCCGUCAUGACCCACCAAUCGGAGAUGGUCGACCCCUGGGAGGAUUACUAUUGA